AUGAAGUGGCUGACCAUUUUUGUCUCGUUGAGCAUAUGCUCACAGGCUGUGACAGCAUCAGGUCUCCAGUUGUCCGUGUUCUCAGUAACAUCCAAGACUGCGAUUCUCAGAUGGACCAGGGUCUCGGGAGCGAGCUCGUACAAGAUCCUUGUCGCCACCAAAAGUUCCCCCACCAGCAUCAUCGCUUUCUCCACGUUUGGCCCAAACACUGUGAUGGGCUCCAUCAACUCCCUGUCCCCAAACGUCAACUAUGUCUUUAGUGUACAGGCUCAGGACCCAAAUCAACAAAUACUGGGCAACGCAUCAGUCGAGUCAUCAACAGCCCCUGAGAUGAUGGAACCCAUCCACACAGUGAAGCCGAAGGACAGCAGGACGUUGAUGGUGGACUUCACCACGAGCACCAGCGCCACUCAGUACGUCAUACGUGUCGAGAACUCCAAUGGCUUCCACAGAGAAGACACGGUGUCGUCCCCCCCCGCCGAGAUCCAGUCGCUCACUCCGUACACCGAGUACUCGCUCAGCAUCAUGGCAGUGAACGCAGGAGGCCGCAGCCAGCCGUCUCUGCCUGCGACUGCAAAGACAGUUUUGCCUCCUCCUCAGCCCUCCGCCUCCUCCCUCAGCAACGACAGCAUCACUGUAUCCUGGGCUCCGGUGGCUCACGCCGCCCAGUACACCCUGUCCGUGUACAAGUUUAAUUCAAGCACCAACAUGAAGUACAACACCUCCGGCACCAAUCUGACCAUUUCUGACCUGGACGCCGGCUCGCUCUACAUCACCGGGGUUUACGCCUGGGACAUCGAGGGCCGCAAGGGAGACGGCAGCUUGUACAUCAACCAGACAACACGACCUCCAACCCCCUCUGCUGUCAACGUCUCCGUGGUGAUGGGUAACGGUGUGGCCGAGCUCUCUGUGUCCUGGGAAGUCGGUCCGGAGGUCCACGGACCCGUCGAGUAUCUGGUGACGAGCGACCAGAACCUCACGUGCAACUCCACUUCCAGCUCCUGCAUCCUGUCUCCAGUGAGCUGUGGAGAGGUUCACACGAUCCAGGUCACCGCCUCCAACGAGGCCGGGCCCAGCCCCCCGUCCCACCCCGAGGUCUUCAUCACCUUCCCCUGCCCACCGGAGGCUUUGGCCCUCGAGGAGGAGACUGACGGAAACUGCUCGCUGACCUGGAACCCGGUGCCUCACGCUGAAGGCUACAUGGCCUUCAUCAAGAGAGGCGAUGGUGGGGAAGAGAUCUACAACACCAGCAGCAGCAACUGCACCUUCCACUGCCAGUGUGGCUACACCUACCUGGUAUCUGUGCACGCCUUCAACCAGGCCGGCACCAGUCCCCCAGGAGACAGAUUCAACUACACCACCUUGCCCUGUUGUCCAGAGGGUGUAUCCGUCUCUGCGGUGAGCACAGACACUCUGGAGGUCACGUGGGCGGCUUCUCGGGGGGCGGAGGUGUACCAGACCCGGGCCGCGGACAGUUCAGAGGUCAUCCUGUGCAACGACACGGCACCGGUGUGCGCCCUCUCCGACCUCAGCUGUGACAGGGCCUACAGCGUGGUGGUGACCCCCUGCAACGACAUCAGCGGCUGCAACCGUGGAUGCAAAGCUCACACCAAAGACACAGCUCCUUGCAUGCCCAUGAACACGAUGCUGAACGUGAAAAACUCCUCCUGCGUCGGUGUCAGCUGGACAGCGAACAACAGAGCCGUCAAUUACACCGUCAGCGCAGUGGGAGACGACGGCGCACGCACCUGCACCACCACAGGAAGCAGCUGCGACCUCACCGACCUUCCCUGUGGCUGCACAUUUGAAGUCAGUGUCGUCGCACACAGCGUCGCAGGGCAGAGUUUACCCAGCUACUCUGAAACCCUGGAGACAGAACCUUGUUGCCCGGUGAAUCUGACGGUGGCCCAGGUGACCCAGGCCAUGACCAACGUCUCCUGGUCUCACGCCAAAGGGGCUCACUCCUUCAUCACCUCCCUGACAUCGCCGCGUGGUCACGCCCGCUGCCACACACUGGACUCGCACUGCCUCAUGGGAUGCAUCACCUGUGGCACCAACUACACCGUCACCAUGGAGGCCUUCAGCCACAGCGGGCGCCAGGCCAACUGCACCUAUCAGGGCUUCUCGUCCAGUGCGUGCUGUCCAUCAGGGGUCAGGCUCUACCGGACGGCAGGAAACUCUAUGCGCUUGUACUGGCGCAGCUCAGGCGGCAGCCACAGCCACGUGGCAGAGGUGGUGGGAGGCAGCAACAACUACACCUGCUCUGCAUCACCUGGGGAGAACAGCUGUGAUGUUGGCAACGUCCAGUGUGGCGACGUGUACCAUGUGGUGGUGGCUCCGCUCACACCAGAGGGCAGCAGAGUGCUGUUCUGUGCUCAGAGGAUUUACUCAGUAACUUGCUCAGACAACAACAUCGGCACAGUGCUUUACAGAGGGAAGAGAAGUGUGGACUAG